AUUCCGUUGCGGUUCUGCUCGGACACGUCAAGACGUCAUUUGCCGUCACGUUGCGUGUGCUCCAGCAUAUCUCGAGGCGGCUCUUCCGAUCUCAAGCACGCUCCCAACCAUCAUUCACGAGGCAGUCAGAGUCAGCGCAUCAGUGAGUAAAGCCAAUGGGCGCGGUGAGCGCUUCUACUCUCCCAACCAACCUCACUGAUGCGCCUUGCUUCAUUGUCUCCAGCUGAAGAGCUUGGAAGCGAAGAGGAAAAAACGGCUAGCAGCAAACCCUGAUCGGACGUCUCAGGCCCGGUUGCAUUCUCCCAUAUGUAAACGGAUGGUCUCUUCACAUCGUACUUGCUGUGGCAGCGCUUAUUACCUGUUCUGGUCACGCAUUAUGAACGCGACCGACAUGCUCGCCGCAAUUGGCGAGAAACAGGGAGGAUGAAGGGACACAUGUGCGAUGACCGACCAACAGGCACCCCACCAAUCGUUUAGGGCAGGCACGGGGACUGACACAGGCACGCACCAUACGUUGCUCUCUCAAAAGACAAAGACAAAGACGAGCAGACGGCCGCCCGGGCCGCUCCCUGUCUAUCGAUCGGUGUAUGAACGCCACACACAUAUGCAUCAUGUACACGAACCGCGUCAGCCCCAACGACACGCACACACACACACACACACAGGGAGUCUCAUGGUGAGGGAGAGGGAGAGGGAGAGGGAGAGAAGAGGACAAGAGACCAGCCACGCACUGCUCAGGCAAGACAGGCAGGGGGAGGGACACAAGAAAACGGCUAGUAGGUAUGCAUGUGUGAAAUAUGAGACUAGAUGGAGACUAGAAUGAGACUACAUUGACCGACACACUGCACCCUACAAAACCGACUGGAGCCUUAAAAACACAUACACAAUUCUCGCCUCUGGAUCGACUGCACAGCACAGCACAGCACUCGGGAGCCCCGUGCAGCACACAAGCAAGCCCACAGACCGCCCCGGCCGGCCCUUAUGCAUCCCCCAAAUUAAUCCCUCACUUCCCUUUGAGAAACACAGAAAAUACUCAUUCGAGCGCUAGCUAAUUAGCCACGACACGACACAGCCCCGCCAUGAAUGCAAUGCCAUCCAUCCAUCCACCUACCUGCACCCUGUAAGGACAUAUGCACGUCUGUCUACUUCUGCAAGCCUUGCUCCUUCUCAGCGCCGCCCCACGCAGACAACCGACCCAACAGCUCAUCGCGAGCACCGCUGUCACCCAGAUAGCCUACACAAACGCAUGGAUACCAUCUAGGAGGUACCCACACUCGCAAAUCUUUUCACGUGUGCCAGGUAUACCGUGGUUGGACAAGUAGCCGUCCGGCCGGAUGAGAGCGAACGCCCCACAGCGUCCAGUGCCCACCCUCACGCCGCCCGCAUAGAUACCUGUGUAGUCGAUGGACGCCUCUGCUCUUACGCCGGUGGUCGUGGCCGCUGGUGGGGGAGAGUUGUGCUGCGGCUUUCUGAGUGGCACCUGGCCGCACUCUGAGGCGGGAUUGUGGAGCAUCCUGAUGGGGUCCAUCAGCUUGGACCAUGGGGAGGGGGAGGGGUCCUCUUGAAGGGACAGCUUGAAACGGUUAACGACCUGGAUGAUUAAACCGCCAGCCGAUAGUCUGUCCGUGUCGAUCUUAUUAUUGUCCCUUUUCUGCUCACCUCUCCCUCCGCGUCCCAGCCGACGAACAGCUCGUUAUCUUCCACGGCACGGUCCAGCCUACCGACAGACACCAACACAGAACACACACAAAAAGAAAAACAGUGGUUAGUCAUUUCCCUCGCUGCACACCACACCCCCUCUCUGUCCUCAUCACUUUCUCGCCAUGAGCUCGGUCAGGAAGGCCACGCAGUCGGCAUUGGAAGAGGCCGCGUCAUGCACGCCACCACCACCACCCUCGCACCACGACUCGCCAAACGCCGGCAGCUCGCCCACCUGAGCAGCUGUAGCUGCAGGUGGAUACUGUGUUGGCGGAGGCAGAGAAGCGAACCGCUGGGAGAGCAAGGGCAGUACUGGAAUGAUGCUCGCCUUGCCGGCUGUCAGGACAAAGACGGCCCUGAUGGGAACAUGGGUGCCGUAGGUGAUGGAGUUGAACGGGCGAAUGGCAUGACAUGCGAAUGUGGUGGCCUCUUCGAGCAUAGAGGCCAACACACCUGACAAACCAAAGCAACGACACACAGUGGGCGGGCGCAUACAUGCAUUGCACUGACGACCUCCUUGCCUUCAUUUACCUACCUGCGUCGAUGACUGAAGUGAGUGAAGGUGGUAGCUCCCCGGAUGACUCGACGGAUCGGGGAGACAAAAUGCGCUGCGGUCCAGUGUGGGCAGCCGUCGGGUCGAAUGGCAGCCGCACACACACCAGCAGCGUGUGGUGGGGGCCCGACAGCAACUGAUGACACACAGCACAGCAACACGACGGGCGGGCGGUGGGGGAGGGACACCGUUUGUAGUCUGUGUCCCGUUUCGUUCGCUCACCUGAUGCAGUCUCACGAAGGACAUGUUGGUGCCGUCGUCCAUCUUGGCCAGCAUGGCAUCAGGUGCUCGUUGGCCAGGCCUCAGAGACCCGGACAUCCACACACGACCACACACCGCUCUGCAGCGACAACAAGGAGACAACAGGCCAUUGAACGCAUUCUCACUCUCUGCAGCAAGCCAUAAUAGUCUCUCUGACGUGUUGGCCGGGUAGCUGAUGUUGAUCUGUGCCGCCUUGCAGGUGAGGGCCUCGUUGACGGAGCUGAAGCCGAUGAGUGUUGGGCAGAAGGCCUUGAUCGCCCAGCGCACCCAUUUACUCCCACUCGCAAUCGACCGGCAUGGUGUUGUCGUGAUCAGACGGGCGUGGCCUAUGCAGACAGACAGAUGGAAGCAUAGAGGUCGGUGGGGAUGACGGACGGACAGAAGAGGUCAAGGCUUGGGUGCGCACUCACCGCCGACGGCUCUCCGCUCCUGGUCAUAUGUGUCAAGGAGGGCGUCGGGGGCAGAGCCCUUGACAACCAAAGCCAACUUCCACCUGAACCACAGAACAGACAGACCACACGAGUGAAUGGAGGUCCAUUCCUCCACGAAUCCCUCUCUCACUCACCCGAGGUUGUACGCGUCUUGAAUGGCGUCGUUCAGCCCCUGAAAAUAAACAACACACGACAGGCAUGGAUCCAUCCAUCCAUCCAUCCAUCUCAUGCUUGUCCUUGAGACGCACCUGAUGCAGCAGAGGUGGGUGCAUGACGGCAGCUCCGCCGGCCACGAGGACGUUGCCCCGCCUAAAUGACGUCACCGAUCGCGACACUAUCUCGCUCCUGCUGAUCGAGUUGAUGCGAACCAAACGGCUGGAUGGAACAGCCUGGACGCACCACCACAUAGUGGCCGGGUGAACUCUAUCCGACUGACCAUCCUGACCCCACCCACCUACCUUUUGGAUCAUGAAUUCUAGUUCUUCCCUCGUCGGCAAAACCAGCUCCCCCUCCUCAAUCGCCUCGCCCUUCUCGUCCUUGUCACCCACAUCACUGCGCUUGGGCGGCUGGGGCGACAAGAACGCCGUUAGCGCAGUCCCCUGAGUGCUGAUCGAUGGGCUGCGGAGUGGCGGCGCGUGCAGGUACCAUCGCUGGUUGCUGCUGGCGGGGCUGCUGAUGUCCUCGCUGAUGGACCUGCUGUUGGUGGCCACCGGGCAGUCCGUUGGAGGCGCUGUCGUCGUACUGGCCGAGUCGUCUGUGGGCGGCAGUAGCAGCUGAACGGGCGCCUGUGCCUGUCUGGCUUUGUCGACGGGCCGAUGGACAGUCAGAUGCCACCUGGAGCCCUCUUCUGAUGUGACGCCCUUCUCAAGGCCGACAGCGCACAUGGCCACACCGUCGCCCAGGAGCAUAUUGUACUUAGCAUCAUCAAUGUUUAAACUCCAGUGCUGCGCACAAGACAGACAACUCGCAUGCCGUCCUUCUUUGCCAUGUUUUGUCAGUACCAACCAGGUUGACGUCAGCGGUGAUAAAGGAGCCCGCACUCAUCCGGGUGGCAGUGGACUUGAACUUGACGCUUUCCCUUACGAAUGAGUCGAACCCGUCAGCGCCCACACAAUACUUGCAUCGGAUGCUAUGGCCCUCGUUCAGCAGCGUCACGAGAAUCUCGUUGCUGCCGUCAUUGGCCACCGUGAUGUCGCACACGAAGUCGUCGGCGAUGAUCCGACUCGAGUCGAGGCGCUCCCGCAGGAUGGACUUGAGAUCGCGCUGACAACCAACGAAGAAACAAGGCAAUGGUACGGGCAUGAAUGACACAGACAUCUCGAUAUGGGUACCUGCUCGAGUGUGACAGGCAAGGAGAAGAUCGACGACUGCUUGAUGACGGAAGAGUCGUAUAGCCAGUCGACGCAGAGGUCGCCGUACAGAUAGACCCUCUCUCCUGUCUGCACUCUGCCCCUGCGCAUGAUCUCGCUGCUGACAUCCAGAUCUGCAUACACACAACACGCCAGCAAACACAACCAUUAAUUAUAUGCCGCAUGUCAUGUGCCAGCAUGUGACUGAGCGUCUCCCUCGUUUGCUCCGCUGACCUUCAAACAUCUCCAGGCUCCUCGGCUGCAGUAUGACGUCUCCAUACCCUUCGGCAUCACCACUGUCAGCGAGUAGCUGGCUCUCCCUGGCGCCCAUAUGAGCUGCACUCGAUGCGCUGCUGUGCUCAACAAGGACGAAAUCCACCCCUCUCCGUUGCAGAUCGCACGCCAAAGUAAGCGCAGUCACAGUGCUGCCGAUGACGACGGCGUCCACAGACCCGACGUCUGCCAUCCUGUAGUCCGCUGGCAGCCCCAGGCGCCGACACAGAGCUACUCAACAGCGAUCAAAGUCUCUUGACACGUCGAGCGAUGUGUUGUCCUGCG